GUCUCAGGGGCCUUGGGGUUCCUCGGGGAGCAGCCGCCCCGUGAGGAGUCCCACCCUGAGGGGGUCCCACCCUGCGCGCGACCGUGUCCCACCCUCGGUGAGGUGACACUGGGGACAGAAGAUGGCACCGGGGCUGGCGCUGAACCUCCUCAUCUUCCUCCUCUUCCUCCUCUUCACCGCGCCAGCCUGGGCACAAGGACCCCAAUCCUCGGAGGUGGCCGGAGCCGUGGGCGGGGUGGCACUUCUGAACCCCCAGAGCCUCCAAAAUCCCUCCAAAUUCUCCCAAAUCCACUGGCGCUGGCAGAACCAGCUGAAGAUCGCCAGCUGGAAGAAGGGGGAGCAGCCCAUGUACCUCCAGGGCCGAUUUGAGGGACGCCUGGAGCUCCUGGAGAACGGCACCCUCAGGAUGAGCAACCUGAGCCUCGGCGACGGCGGCGAGUACCGGCUGUACCUGGAGGAGGACACGGGCAGGGAGAGCGUCCACAGGGUCCUGCUGAGGGUCUAUGACCUGGUCCCCAAGCCCCGCGUCACGGCCACCACCAACGGCGACCCCCAGGUGUGCAACACCACCCUGAGCUGCUCCGUGGCCCUCCCAGGGGUCACCUACGAGUGGAUCCCGCCCCAGAAGGCCCCGAUGAAGGAGGGCCCCGUCCUGGAGGUCUCCGUCAGCCCCGCUGUGGAAACCUACGUGUGCAGGGUCAGCAACCCUGUGUCGUCCAGCAACGCCUCGCUGACCCUGCGGCGGCCCUGCAGCUGGACAGAUGAAUCCUCCUCAUCCUCCUCGUCCGCUGCCUGCGCCAUGCCCAGCGCCCCGGCGGCCCUGGGACACCUCGUCCUCCUUGUCCUCCUCUUCCUCCUGCUCGCUGCAGCCUGAGGACCCCGUGGGCGGCACCCCCGGUCACCUCAUCACCGUCCACCACCUGCGGUCACCUCCUCACCGUCCACCACCUCCGGUCACCUCCUCGCCGUCCACAUCUUUUUGUGAAAAUCAUUUCUUAGGAUUCCUCCUGCUGAAGCUGAGACGUUUCAGCAGCGAGACGUAAACAACGGUUAUCUGCUGCUGAGGAAGGCAGCAGGUCCGUCUGCGAUUGGUCCGUCUUGGAUGUUUAUAACGAAUGGCCAAUCAAGGGCCAAGCUACCCCGGACAGAGUCCAAGAGAGCUGCCUUUGUUAUCAUUCUUUCUGUUCUUAGUUUA